AUGGAUUCUUCAACCAACAAUGGCUUUCUCCUUUCUGGUGAGCUUGAUAGCUUCAAGAACAAACUAGCUGCUCUGAAGUACAAUGGUAAAAAUCUGAACGUCGAGGAUCUCGCAAAAGAACUGUUCGGUCUCACCCUGGAAGACGCAUCAAAUAAUUUGGCCAUUCGUGAUGGUCCCAAUGGAGAACGACCCACAAAGGCGUCACAGCUGCUGAAGGUCUAUUUGAUUCUGUCAGAUGAGGAGUGCAAGAGAGUUGUGGAGCUCCGAAGCAGGGGAUGGCAUGACAAUAAAGAAGACGGCGACGCGCACUUCAAACAACAACGAGAGCGUGCCGACUCAACCACACCAGAGGGUGAACGUGGCUUUUAUAAAAUGAUGCAACAAAUCGGAGAGGAAAUGCACAAUGCUCACAGUAUCUUCAGUAUACCUUUCGUCCCAGAUGGUCAGGUCAACAUACUCGAUCUCUGCAUGGCACCUGGAGGUUAUACUGCAGCAGCUCUCGAUUACCGCAAUAGCUUCAAAGCAUAUGCCAUCACAUUAGACCCUAGAUGUGGUGGGCACAAUGUUAUAAUCGACACGAACCGCCUCCAGGGUUUUAGAUACCAUGAUAUUACAAUGUUCAAGGAGUUUUGUCCAAACGGUAAAGACAUCCCCGAAGAUUUCAAGUCGAAAUUUAGUGAUAUCAAGCCUUUCACGUUUAUCAAAUAUCAUCUUGUAUUUGCCGACGGCAAGACUCUUCGUACGCAUGAUCGCAUUAAAGACACUUACAAUGCCAACCUUAGUAAGGAAACAGUGCGAUUGCAAACUUCGCAACUGAUUCUUGCCAUGAAUAGGAUGCACAAUGGAGGCACUUUGGUUGUGUUAUUACAUAAGAUUGAUACAUGGCACUCAGCAUUCAUGUUGUAUACAUUUUCAAAGUUUGCUAAGGUUGAAGUCUUCAAGCCUGUUAAGAAGCAUGCUACAAGAAGUAGUUUCUACAUGAUCGCGAAAGAUAUUAAAAUCAUUCAUCCAGAGACAAUCAAGGCUAUUCAGGAAUGGAAGGAAGACUGGUUUUAUGCCACAUUUGGAGGUCCAGAUAACACGGGUUUAGCCAAGGAGGAGCCAACAAAUGAAAUAGUUCAAGAACUACUAACUGAAUUCGGACCAACAUUGAUUGAAUUGGGACACAAGGCUUGGAUGAUCCAGGCGAAUGCAUUGAGUCACACUACUUACGCAGGCCCAACGACUGAUGGAGUCAAACAAGGGUUAAGAAAGCGGAUUUGGUGCGGAAUAAAGGGCGUUUUUAGGGAUCAUCAUGAGGCAUUCAAAAUGGAGCGUGGUGUGGGAUAUGCUCCAAUCGGUGGUAGGGGAGCUGGCUGCUGGUCUGUGGCCAGCGAUGGUCAAGUCAUUCCUGGCGAGAAAGCAAAAAUCGGUGAUGAGGCUACCGCGGUUUGCAAAACCGGUACUAAUGGGGACAAUCGAGCCAUUUUCAUGAUGGGAGCUUAG